CUGCACUCGGGGUCUAUCAUCGGUGGUCUUUUGGCACUCCAAUCCGAGUAUUUGGAUGUUGCCAUUGUCAACCCUCGCUUUCACGACUUUGAUGAUGCUGAUCAGAAGAUGUGCACAGCAAAAGGAUAUGGCGCUGCGAAUGCCAGGGCCAAGUUCUUCGUCAUCAGCGUGAUUAACUUGGGGCACCACGGGGGUGCAUUUUUCGUGGAGACGGAGACGAAGAUCUGCUACCUGUUUGACCCCAUGCAGCUGACUAGCAAUUUGUCCGCGCUGAAGGAAGCAGUUCUCACUGUGGUUGAGAAGAUGCUGGACAUGACCGACCAACUGGACUACCACGUCAUUGCCCACUACCAACAGAGGGAUGGUACGUCGUGUGGCAUUUGGUGCUUGGUGGUGUUGGAACUACUACUGUUUGGUGCAACUCCUGAAACCUGGUCUGACUACUGGAAGGACUCUCUGUACGAAGUGGUGGGCUACUUGAGGUUGCGCUACCUACGGAAGGUGAUUAGCUUGCAGCUUCAGCAGCCCCAGCAGGUUUAG